UAUUAGGAAAAAAUUCUUCACUGAAAGAGUGAUUGGUCACUAGGAUUGUCUUCUCAGAGAGGUAGUGGAGUAAUCAUCCUUGGGCAUGUUUUUAAAAAGACAGGACAUGGCACUCAGCACCAUGAUUUAGCUGAUGAGGAAGUGUUAGGUCAUAGGUUGGAAUAGAUGAUCUCAAAGGCCUUUUCCAACCUAGUUCAUUCUGUGAUACUGUGCUAUAAUUCCAGCCAAUUUGGCUUAAUUUGUGUUGCCUCUUUCCCAAGGCACAAACCCACUCGGCUUUGCUUCAAAACCUCAGCCACAGCAGAAUGUUUAAAAAACUCACCAAAUUCAUCGUAAAGCAAAUGGAUCCAUGCAAUGAAUUGGUCCCUGUGGAGAGCAUUGCAUACAAUGAGCACUUCAGGCCUCUCUAUCUACUGAAAAAAAAGAGAAAACCAAAAACCAUGUUCCACCCAACUCCCUACUACCAGCAGACAGGGUUCACACUGGAUGAUGUGCUGCUGCCUGGAGAAGAUGGGAAAAGCACAGAGCCUCUCCAUGAAGAUUCCAGCCAAUUUACACUCACAAAAACCAGCGCUGACCAAGCUGAUGGAGGUCUCAGCAUUUCAUUUGACCCUGCAAGUGUAGAUCUGCAAGGAGGUGCCUCCUUGUCCAAAGAGUUUUCCAUUACACCACAGAAGAAGAGGGUAUCACUGCAAUCACUGGAGGCACUGAGAAGAGAAAGAGAAAUAAACAUGGAUCAUUCCUUCAUCCAACAACUACAGAGAACAGACAUCGAUCUAUACGUGGUCACUGAAAUCCUUGAAGCCUCAGAGGAGACUGUCUACAAGGAAUCCAACAAGAUAGAUGGGGGCUUGAAGGCCAGAUUUUAUGCUACACUCUGUGCAAAGGUUUGGCUUCUCCCUCCUUCCUUCCCUAACACCUGCACCCUCGUGUUCUCACCGGUCCUUUUCUUUAUCCAGGGCACCAGGGAGAACAAACAAACCAUAGUCAUACCCAAGGGCUGCACCCUGGCCUUCAGGACCAUCCCACUACACAUUAGAGAUGGAGCAUGGGAUCUGGAUUAUAUUGGAGCAGGAACUGUGAGACUGCAAGGUGCUAUAGUUGCACAAUCUCAAGGUUCUGUAGCUGUGAGAAGGCAAAGCUAUGUAGCUGAUGGCCCCUCACAAGGAAAAUUAGGAAAAGUGGUGAGAGAAGUUAAAUACUCCUGCAGAAUUUUCCCCAUACUGUCUCCUGACCACCUGCUCAUUGUCUUCAACACCAUCAAAGCUGUGAUGAGAGACAAAAAACUCUUCCAAGAACUCAGCCAGAAAAUGGAAGAUAUUCCUGAGCAAAAUGAUGGUUAUGAGCUGAAAACUGAGAGCCCAGACUUAAAAGACCUGUUCAGCACCUUCCAGCAUUCUCCAGGACAUUGUCUCCUGCUGGCAGAAGGAAUCACCUACAUCCUUGAUGCUUUGCAUGAGUUAAUGGACGAUCAGCUGCUGCUGCUGCUGGAAUCCUUGGAAAGGAAGAUUCUGUCCCAACAGCUGAACCUGGUUGCACACCUUCUGAAUCAUGACCUGGAGGAUAGGAUGUGUCAUUUCCAUGUGGAUGCCAGGUUGCUCUCCUUCCCACACAAGGAGGAGCAGAUUUUAACCAUGGAACUGGUGGAGCUGAGUGGAGUGCAGCUCCAGGAAGAUGGAUCAGCUGUCUCUAGGGAUGAACCCUUGGAAUCUGUGGCAGCCUUGUUUGUGGCCCUGUAUGCCCUCAGGCUCCUGAGCUGCUCCAAGUAGGAGACACUGGACCCUGUCCAGGGAAACCCUCUGUAAAGCAUCAGGAAAUUUCUGCUAACCAACCAGGUUUCUCUCCCAGUAUCCUUGUUAUUGCUGAAGGCUGCUUUGGCUGGGAAAAGCAAAUUUAAGGCUGAAAAUUGAUUAUUGAUGCUAUGAUAGGCUGGAUAUCAAAGUGAAUGUGUCUGUCCAUCUCCCCAAGAACACUGAGGCACAACAGGAAAAUCCACAAGCUCAAAGAAUCCCAGGCCUGCCACUGGUGCCUCAUGUAAUCCUGCUUCCCUCAAAAUGCUGCUGCUGCUUCUGCAAUCAAUAAAUGGAUAUGGAAUGGGAAAGGUAAUGGUAAAGGGAAUGGCAAGGCUAGGGGAAUGCAAAGGAAAAGGGGAAGUUCAGAGGAAACGAAAGCCAAAGGAAAACAUGAGCAGUGAUUCACUUACCC